AUGGUCUGUGAUGCGAACAGAAACAUAAUCAGCUAUUCCGAUGUGAAGUGGAUUAUUUUGCGUGGGAAAGAAGUUUCUAAUGAGAACAAAGUGUUGUUUUCACAAGCUGUUGAUAUCUUUCAUGCAGAUAAUGGGCGAUUCCGACUUCACAUGAGUACAUUGUGUUAUGUUGAUAAUGCAUGUAAAUUGUUUGGGUCACCAAUUGUUACAACCGGAAUGUUUCGUGUAUUUGGGGCAAAUGUUGCAGAGCUUCCAAUAGUUGCUACUAAUGAAACCAACCAAGGAAAGAGGUACUUCCAACUAUUCUUCAACUGCUUUGAGAAGCUACUCAGGUAUCUCAAGGUUAUGAGGAUGGUAAUUCCUACUGCCGAGGAUGUUAAAUCCAUGUGGAUUCAGAAAUUUGGUUUUCAAAAAGUAACCCCAGCUCAGAGGAAUGAAUAG